GGAUGUAGCGUUCAGAGAUAGCACGAAUGAGGGGGUGUCAAGUCAGAGUCUCUCGAUUUGGGACCAGAAAACGUCUGUGACAACUGUGGUGUGAGGAAAAAGCCCAGUCACGAGACGCGUUUCGUCUCCUCGGGAGACUGUACCUUAGGUCCUAGGGCAGGCGACGGGUCGCGGUCAGAUAAGCCCGGGCGGGGCUGGGGGCCCACGGGAAGUAGGUGAAAGGGCAGGGGCGUGGCCUCGCGGGGCACCGCCCACUCCUUUAAGGUCCGGGGGUCGGUGGGCGGCCUUCUGCAGAGACGAGAGCUGAGAUCGACGCUUCCUUAACUGAGCCUCCGCCAUGGCCCUGCUCCGAGGUGUGUUUGUUGUUGCUGCUAAGCGAACGCCUUUUGGAGCUUAUGGAGGUCUUUUAAAAGACUUCACUGCUACUGACUUGACUGAAUUUGCUGCCAGGGCCGCCUUGUCUGCUGGAAAAGUCUCACCUGAAACUGUUGACAGUGUCAUUGUAGGCAAUGUCAUGCAGAGUUCUUCUGAUGCUGCUUACUUGGCAAGACAUGUUGGUUUGCGUGUGGGAAUCCCAAAAGAGACUCCAGCUCUCACUGUUAAUAGGCUCUGUGGCUCUGGUUUCCAGUCCAUUGUGAAUGGAUGUCAGGAAAUUUGUGUUAAAGAUGCUGAAGUUGUCUUGUGUGGAGGAACUGAAAGCAUGAGCCAGUCUCCUUACUGUGUCAGAAAUGUGCGUUUUGGAACCAAGUUUGGAUCAGAUCUCAAGCUGGAAGAUUCUUUGUGGGCAGGAUUAACAGAUCAGCAUGUCCAACUCCCCAUGGGAAUUACUGCAGAGAAUCUUGCUGCAAAACAUAAAAUAAGCAGAGAAGAAUGUGACAAGUAUGCCUUGCAGUCACAGCAGAGGUGGAAGGCUGCUAAUGAUGCUGGCUACUUUAAUGAUGAAAUGGUACCAAUUGAGGUGAAGACAAAGAAAGGGAAACAGACAAUGCAAGUAGAUGAGCAUGCUAGGCCCCAGACGACCCUGGAACAGUUACAUAAACUUCCGCCGGUAUUCAAGAAAGAAGGAACCGUCACUGCAGGGAAUGCGUCGGGGGUAUCUGAUGGUGCUGGAGCUGUUAUCAUAGCUAGUGAAGAUGCUGUUAAAAAACAUAACUUCACACCACUGGCAAGAAUUGUGGGUUACUUUGUUUCUGGAUGUGAUCCUUCUAUCAUGGGUAUUGGUCCUGUCCCUGCUAUCAAUGGGGCACUGAAGAAAACAGGACUGAGUCUUAAGGACAUGGAUUUGGUAGAAGUGAAUGAAGCAUUUGCUCCUCAGUACUUGGCUGUUGAGAAGAGUUUGGAUCUUGACCCGAGUAAAACCAAUGUGAAUGGCGGAGCCAUUGCUUUGGGUCACCCAUUGGGAGGUUCUGGAUCAAGAAUUACUGCACACCUGGUUCAUGAACUAAGGCGUCGAGGUGGAAAAUAUGCUGUUGGAUCAGCUUGCAUUGGAGGUGGCCAAGGAAUUGCCGUCAUCAUUCAGAGUACGGCCUGAGAGACCACGGAGCCCACAGUGGCCAAUUCUUGGGUCAGGCCACAGUAAAACAGGUGACCUUCGAGCAGCCGCCAUAACCAGCCACACUCUGCUGCUGAAAUAGCAAUCGAGUUUGAUCAAGCAAUGGUGAGGUGACAAUGCAUUUAUCAUGAGUAAGAGCCCACGUCAGAGAAGGUUCUGUGAAAUUCACACCAGUCAGCCAUGAUGUAUUUCUGAACUAAAACCCAACUAUUAAAGGCCUUAAAAAAGCUGUAUUCUUCCAAAUAACCACUUAUGCCUUAGAAAAUAUGAUUACAAAGAAAUUGAAUAAAUAUUGCCUUAACUUCAAUUAA